GCGCAGAAAACUAUUGCAGUAGAUCAGCGAUAUAAAGGCAUAAUCGACUGUUUCCUGAGGGUGCCACGUGAGCAAGGGUUUCUGUCGUUUUGGAGAGGCAAUUUGGUGAACGUGAUUCGGUACUUUCCAACACAAGCUCUCAACUUCGCCUUUAAAGACACGUACAAACGCAUCUUCAUCGGUGAUAUCGACAAGAAAAAGCAUUUUUGGAAAUUUUUUGCAGGAAAUCUUGCGUGCGGUGGAGCUGCAGGUGCUACCGGUCUGUGCUUCGUAUAUCCUCUUGACUUCGGUCGAACGCGUUUGGCCAUGGACGUCGGUAAGGACGCAGCGAGCAGAGAAUUCAAAGGUCUAACCGAUUGCUUGGUUAAAAUAUUCAAAGCCGAUGGCCCCAUUGGGUUGUAUAGGGGGUUCUUCGUAUCGGUGCAGGGAAUCAUUAUUUAUCGUGCUGCCUAUUUCGGAUUCUUCGAUACAAUUAAGGCAACGGUGUCAAAAGACCCAAAGCAGAUGAAUUUCUUCAUUGCUUGGGCCAUCGCUCAAGUUGUCACCGUUUGCAGCGGUAUCACAUCCUAUCCGUGGGAUACGGUCAGGCGACGAAUGAUGAUGCAAUCAGGUAGGAAGGAAAUUCUAUACAAGAACACGUGGGACUGCACGAAGAAGAUCAUCAAGGGCGAAGGAUUCUGGGCACUGUAUAAAGGAGCCCUCAGUAACGUAUUCCGAGGAACCGGUGGAGCCCUGGUGUUGGCAUUCUACGAUGAGAUAAAAAAAUACCUACCAUAUUGA